GAUGGAGUGGUGAUUGUGAAUUUGAUUGUCUGUAGCUUGUUUUGCCCGCAGUUGAACUCCGAAGAACUAUAAACCUCUCUACCCAACUUCUUCAAAUAUUAUUCAUAAUGACUGAACUCACAUUUGCUAAGUCCUUCAUUCAGACUCUCGAGUCGCGGUCUCCCAAAAUCACUGCCGAUCAUGUUGAAGAUCCAAGAAAUUAUCCCUCAAGAGGGGCAGCGAUUCUCCCAAAGAUGAGAAAACCUCCUGCGAAACGUCAAAAGUUGAGUCCGGGACAGGAACGUAGCAUCUCGGUAUCUUUGAAGUCAUCGCGAAACCCACCUCUCGACGUAACACUUUCCGCACUGUCGCCAAAUACUUCUAUUCUUAAUUUGAAAGAGUCUUUGUCUGAGAAAGAAGGGAUCCCCGUGGACAAAUUAAGGUUACUUUACAACAAGAAACCGGUCGGAGAUGCGAAAGUUUUGAAAGAUGUUAUUGGCGAAGAGGAAACCAAGAUCGAAUUUAGUAUUAUGGUAAUGGGCGGGGCUGCUUCCGUGAGAAAAGUUGAAACGCCCGGAAAGGAAGUAGAAGCGCCAGUUGCACAAGGGCCCAGUGGACUCGAAACUCUUGCUGGGGAAGAGUUCUGGGGAGAUUUGAAGGGCUUUUUGGUGCAACGAUUGAGGGACGAAGAGCAGGGAAACAAACUACAUCAAAUAUUCAAGAAAGCCUGGGAAAGUAGCGCUGAAUGAGGUACAUAUAUUCACGGGGAAACAUAGCGAGGAGUUUGGCAAUGUACAAUUGGAAAGACACGGGCA